CUCCACCAUCAUGGUCGAACCAGUUGUUCGCCCGUUUGUCGUGCGUUUCUUGUGCGGAUUGUUGGCCGGUUUUCUUACGGCCACGUUGAUCGUAGCGCUAAUGGCACGGCAGGGAAUCGCUCCUUUUGAGAUGGAACCUCCACCGCAACCGCUAGUAUCUCGAAUAAGUGAAGGGGGCGAUGACUUUCCUGCAUUAAAGAAUGAUAAUCUGCUUAGGGCAGCAAGGGGCGAGCCGGUCGAUCGCGUGCCCGUUUGGGUAAUGCGGCAAGCAGGCCGUUAUCUGCCAGAAUUUCAGGAGGUGCGAGCAAAGCAUGACUUCUUCACCGUUUGCAGAACACCGGAGCUUGCUUGCGAAGUGACAAUGCAGCCACUGCGCCGGUUCGAUCUCGAUGCUUCGAUCAUCUUCUCUGACAUCCUGGUGAUCCCGCAAGCGUUGGGCAUUACGGUCGAAAUGAAGCCGGGCGUUGGUCCGGUACUGCCCGAACCACUCGUCGGUCCUGCCGAUCUUGCACGUCUCAACCAGACUGGCACUAUUGAGCGAUUAAAGUACGUUGGUGAGGCGAUUACCAUGAUGCGCCGGAUGCUCGAGGGCAAGGUACCACUGUUCGGAUUCACCGGUGCACCCUGGACGCUGAUGGGCUACAUGAUUGAGGGAGGCGGCAGUAAAACCAUGUCGAAGGCGAAAGCAUGGCUUGCGGAUCAUCCGGAAGCCAGUCAACAGUUGCUGGACAUUCUCACCGACCAGAUUGUCGAUUAUUUAGUUAUGCAGGUGAAAGCUGGCGCACAGAUGCUGCAGGUAUUCGAAUCCAGUGCGGACCAUCUUAGCAAGGAACAAUUUCUAUCCGUUUCGUUACCCUGUCUGAAGCGGAUUCGUGUCGAUUUGCUGCGAAAACUGGCAGACGAGGGUGUUCCCGCUGUUCCGAUGGUGCUAUUCGCAAAAGGAGCAAUGCACUCGCUGGCGGAGCAAGCCGAAACCGGUUAUGAGGUGAUCGGGCUCGAUUGGACCAUUGAUCCGGAGGAGGCUCGCAAACAGGUCGGUCCGAAUGUGACACUGCAGGGCAAUCUGGACCCGCAGGACAUGUACAAAUCGCCCGAAGAGCUGCGCGAGCUUGUUCUGACGAUGGUACGAAAAUUUGGCAAGCAUCGCUACAUCGCUAACCUGGGACAUGGAAUUACUCCGCAAACACCUAUCGAAAGUAUGACUGUGUUGGUGCAGGCUGUUCAUGAUGCGUUGUGAUAA